AUGGCCACAUUCGCCAAACAGUCGUUCAACACCUCCAUCUACGCCUCAUUCCGUCCCAACUACCCUCGGCAGCUAUAUGACUUGAUCUUCAAGUUUCACGAGCACGGAACAGCGUCCCCCAUCGCAGGAACCAGCCCCAGCGGCGUCAAAUUUCCUCCUUGUCGUUGGAAUCGCGCGGUAGAUCUAGGAUGCGGCACAGGACAAGCAACUACCGAGCUAACGCCUUUCAAACGGGUUACGGGCGUCGACCCAUCGGAGAAGAUGAUUGAAGGUGCACGGUCCAGCGUUGCUUCUCUCGGGCUCGAGCAUUCGGCGCAGUUCGACUUUGUUCAGUCCUCAGCAGAAAGCCUGGAGUUCUUAGAAGACGGCACUGUUGAUCUGAUUACCGCUGCUCAAGCAUGCCAUUGGUUUACAUGGCAGAAAGCGUGGCCUGAAUUCGCAAGGGUGCUCCGACCGGGCGGUAGUGCUGCGUUCUGGGUGUAUUCCGAAUUCCGCUUCAGCCGACAUCCAUCCCUAACCCCGCUCAUCACCGACUAUGCGCAGGGGAAGGAUCCAGAGAACUCACUCGGGCCUUACUGGCAGCAACCAGGCCGGCGUAUCCUCGAAGACCACCUUCUCGCCGUCCCCGAGCCAGCAGACAUACUCGGCCCCGGCGCCUUCGCCAAACUCCAGCGCGUAUACUUCACCGGGGACCACUAUCCACUCCUCCCUGACCCGAAGCUCCCUGUCAUCUUGAGGAAGCGCAUGACCUGGACUGAUCUGCUAGCGUACCUCCAUACCUGGAGUUCAUUGAAUACGUUCCAGGAGAAGUAUCCCGAUGACGCGGAGCACGCCGAUGGAGAUAUUGCGACAAGGUUCUGGAAGUCGUUGAAGGAGGGAGCCGCUGUAUCAAAUGAUGCGGACGAGGUUGAUAUUGAGUUCCCGCUGGCUUUGUUGCUAGUGAAAAAGCUGUAG